AUGCUUGAAAGAUGGUCAAGAAUAUCCGUGUUGGUCGAAGAAGUGAUUAAGAUCCUCCUCGAACUCGGCAUUAAGCACCGGUUUUAUCCACACGAUAUCAAUAUCAAAACAAUGCAUACAGUUGUUUCCAGCAGAGUUCCACAAGGCUGGUCAGAAAACCCUGCCAGCAGAGCCAAGCUCGUGUAUAAAAGCAUGUAUUAG